CAACGGCUACGUGGUUUCUGUGGGCAGCUGCGGAGGUGUCGUCUUCCUCACCGACCGACGACGGAAGAGAGGUUUUGAUGGUCUUCCUGUAAUUUUCACAAAUUCUAAUGCCCAUUUCCGCCAACUCGAUUCUCGUUUUUCCCUAUAAAUAGAUCCCGUCUAUGUGCGUGCCCGCGCAAGAUACUCAGCUCACAUAUUGCUGGUUUACGCUUUUCUCUCUACUGUUCGAAUCCCGAAAAAUCACCCAAGGAAACCUACAUUCACUGAAAUCGUAGAAUUCUGUGAGUUGUAGUCAUCAGGUGUGUUUUUGAGUAUUUCAUGUGUAAAUAGCUGCAUUGAGGUCGAUGAUUUUCUUGAAUUUAUUACAGUUUCAAGCUUUUGGACGGUGUGUUUUGCCCGGGGAUUUUGGAUUGCCGCUAAGAUCAGCUGUUGAAGAUUUGAUCGAGGCUUCGUCAGGGAUUCAUUUCUCUGGAUUUCAUUUAGAAAAUACAGAUCCAAGCGCUUCAGAACUUGAGAGGUCAACUACUUCUGCAACUGAAAAUGUCUUGCAACCCUUUGUUAUAGGAGUUGCUGGAGGUGCAGCAUCUGGGAAGACUUCAGUUUGUGAUAUGAUUAUUGAACAGCUUCACGAUCAGCGUGUUGUACUUGUUAACCAGGAUUCGUUUUAUCACAAUUUGACGCCAGAGGAAUUUAAAAAAGUUCAUGAAUACAACUUUGACCAUCCUGAUGCGUUCGACACAGAGCAACUGUUGUGCAUAAUGGAGAAGUUAAAACAUGGUCAGGCGGUAGACAUUCCAAGAUAUGACUUCAAGAGUUAUAAAAAUGAUAUCUUCCCUGCUCGAAGAGUAAAUCCCUCGGAUGUUAUUAUUUUAGAAGGAAUACUCAUCUUUCAUGAUCUGCGUGUUCGAGAUUUGAUGAAUAUGAAGAUAUUCGUAGAUACAGAUGCUGAUGUACGCCUGGCUAGGAGAAUAAGGCGUGAUACAGUAGAAAAGGGAAGAGAUAUUGGUAUGGUGCUUGAUCAGUACUCAAAGUUUGUAAAGCCUGCUUUCGACGAUUUUAUACUUCCAACAAAGAAGUAUGCUGACAUUAUCAUUCCUCGUGGAGGAGACAAUCAUGUUGCUAUUGACUUGAUUGUCCAACAUAUACGGACUAAACUUGGUCAACAUGAUCUUUGUAAAAUCUAUCCUAAUUUAUAUGUUAUUCAGUCAACUUUUCAGAUACGCGGAAUGCACACACUCAUACGCGAUUCUCAGUCAACAAAACAUGAUUUUGUCUUUUAUUCUGACCGUUUGAUCCGACUGGUGGUUGAGCACGGUCUUGGGCAUCUUCCAUUCACAGAAAAGCAGGUGAUCACUCCUACGGGAUCCGUGUACACUGGAGUAGACUUCUGUAAGAGACUAUGUGGUGUCUCUAUAAUCAGAAGUGGUGAAAGCAUGGAAAAUGCCUUGCGCGCAUGUUGUAAAGGAAUCAAAAUUGGCAAAAUUCUUAUUCAUAGAGAAGGGGACAACGGUCAGCAGCUGAUAUACGAAAAACUCCCAACAGACAUCUCAGAUAGACAUGUCUUGUUAUUGGAUCCAAUUUUGGGCACAGGCAAUUCAGCUGUUCAAGCUAUUUCCCUACUUAUAAAGAAGGGUGUACCAGAGUCCAACAUCAUAUUCCUUAACCUCAUCUCUGCACCUCAAGGAGUACACGUGGUCUGCAAACAUUUCCCUCGAGUAAAGAUUGUGACAUCUGAGAUUGAAAUCGGUCUGAAUGAUGAUUACCGUGUCAUCCCUGGCAUGGGCGAGUUUGGGGACCGAUACUUUGGCACAGAUGACGAUUGAACUCCAAACUGUGGCAAUACUGCCUUACAAUAUACGAACAAACAAAAGUUCGAAACAAGAUUGUCCCCGGUGAUAAUUAGCAGCUCAGCUUGGACAUUUGACAUGAUUUUUGAAGCGAUUUUGACAAUUGUAUUCAGGAUUACUUGAUUUUGGGUCAUAAUAAGAAUUGCUUAGAGGUGGAUGAAAUGAUCACCCAACUCCAUAAUACUCGAUGUAUCGUUGGACAUGGACACUAUCUAUCUUGUCGUGCAUGGAUAGAUAGAUAGAUACCCAUUCCUCUUCCAAUUUUGUUGCUCAUAUAUGUGGUUGAGUGGAUGAGCUGAUGAAAUACGAGACCGUUUUUCACUAAGCCCAUUUCAGCUUGUGAUCAUAUUCGUUUU